UACCACUUACAACCGGAGCUACGUAUUUGCAUUGCAAUUGAAAUUUUCCAUUUUCGGCCAUUUUGGAGAACUUUGAAGCCCCCAGCUCUGCCAAAAAAAAUCGAAAAAAUAUUCGGUUUGCGUCAUUCGUCAUCGUUUAUUGACUUCUACACAUGAUCUGAUUUUUUUUUUUAAAUCGAAGACCUAUCGUGCAAACAAUCCGCCUCCUGCGAUAGAACCUUAUCAAUUUUUUUCGAUGCCAUAAUUUUUUAUCAAACGUAUUGAGCGUGUCUAAACUUCCGAGUUGAGUAAGAAUUUCAUAUGUACUGUUGGUAUUUUUAAGUUUUGUUCAAUUUGUUGCGCUUGGAUUAAGAUAACAAUUUUGAAUAGAUUUUAAAUGAAGAAUCAGAAUAUUCUUCACGUGUUUAUUCUGGCACCUUUUUUGUUUAGCUCGAUUGAAACUGAUUGCAAAGAAGAACGGAGAAGGUGUGUUGCUUCACAAACAAAUUCCACUAUUGAUUCAACAACGACGGAGACAGUAGUCCGGCAGCCUGCACUUGUUGACAAAACAAACCUGAUGGAAGAUAUACAAUUUCACUCUGAAGCAAUAACGACAUGUCUAAACCACUAUCCCUUACAAUCACUCAAUACUUUCCAUGUUCCAGCAUUUGCAGCCCAUUACAUCCGACUCAAUAGUCUAAAAGAUAUAGAAGAUUUUUGUACAACAGUAAAUGUAAGCCAAACAAAUUUAUAUAUCCUUGGUGGCGGUAGCAAUACACUAUUUGUCAGCAACUUCUCUGGUUACCUACUUCAUGUUCAACUACUCGGUAUAGAGGUAAUACGCGAAACUUCCCAUAAAGUACUAGUCAAGGCAGCUGCAGGUGUCCUCUGGCAUGACUUGGUCUUAUUUUGCAUAGAAAAGGGAUAUGGGGGUAUAGAAAACCUAUCACUAAUACCAGGAACAGUAGGAGCAGCGCCUGUACAAAAUAUAGGCGCAUAUGGUGUAGAACUUAAUCAGGUACUGGAUACAAUCGAGGCCAUCGAAUUAUCAACCGGGCAAAAGGUGAUCUUUACAUCUUCCGAAUGUGGCUUCGGUUACAGAACGAGCUUUUUCAAGACAAAAUGGCGACAUCGGUAUUUAAUUACAAGUAUCACGCUAGCGUUACAUAAAGAAAAAAAAUUUUCAAUAGAAUACGAAGCCAUCCAAACCAUGAUAGCUAAAAUGGAAAUUAAUCAGUUGUCAUUUAAAGCGAUAAGUGACGCGAUUAUCGCUAUUCGAAAACAAAAACUGCCAGAUCCUGAUAUUUUGGGCAAUGCUGGUAGUUUUUUUCAGAAUCCUUUCAUAUCUGUAGGACAUUACCGAUGGCUUAAGCAGCAAUAUCCUUCAGUCGUUGCUUUCAGAACACCAGACGAGUAUUCAGAACAGGUAAAAAUUUCAGCAGCUUGGCUUAUAGAAGCAGCAGGUCUUAAAGGAUUACGUAAAGGUAAUGCAGGUGUCUAUACUUUACACGCGCUUAUUUUAGUAAAUUGUGGAGGGGCUAGUGGCAAAGAUAUUAUAAAUCUAGCUACCGAAAUUAUACAAAAAGUAAAAACACAGUUCAAUAUUACCCUAAUACCAGAAGUGAACAUAGUAGGAGAAGGAGAUGCAAUUAAAUAAUACUUGUGAAAAACUUACAAAAAAAUAUGAAAUUCACCAACGACUUUCGUUGUUACUCAUUGAAAAGAAAAUACUCUCUAUCCAAAUUAACUUCAUCAAAGAUUAAAUCGCAGGAAAUGAAACAAAAUUGCACGAAGUGAAAUAAAAACAAAACGUUUCCUCAAAAUUAACACGAAGCAUAUCAAAACACAUUGCGAAUUCCAUCGAAAUCAAUUUAAAAUGGCGUAGGCUCGAAAUCCAUCUUCCUUAAAUUAAGAAAUACACC